ACAGACAUGACCCAAGGAAUCAACCUCAAGGCCAGCGUCCAGUACACGGUUCCUGCCGGCGCCACUGUCGCCGACGUCCUCCAGGUGUUCCGCAGCCCCCACUGGGUGUCGUACAUGAUGCGGUACAUUGUGCCGCAGCUCAAGGCGUCCACGCCCGCGGUCAAGACAGCGCUGGACACAUGUCCUCGAGUGCAAUGCCUCGCGACGACGGACUCCCACACCGACAAAGACAACGACUGCGUCGUAUGCAUGAACCCCAACAACUCGGACGAGUCGCUUGUGCUUCCCUGCGGCCAUAUCUUCCACGAAGCGUGCAUUGGGUCGUGGCUGCGACUCCGAAGCACGUGUCCGACGUGCCGGUACCAGUUCGAGAAGGAGAUCUCGGGCCGGUAUGCCAUUCGAUGCAUCAACUCUGCGCUUAUCCUGGACAACGUUGAACCCACAAAGGAAGAAAUGCUGGCAAGGCGCAUCGGCGGCCAAACUCUCAUGGUAGCAGUGCAUGUGACCCUCGUCCAAGCAGCCCAGUAUGCCGCCAACGAGAAGUACCCGUGCGUCCUCAACGCCGCCGUGAUGCGAAGUCCCGUCCAGCAAAGCUCGUCCCUCUCUUCCGCCGUCACGGGAGGAUCGUCGGCACCUCAUGUGCGACGGAAGAGCUCCCGACUAGCUACGUCGCCGCCGUCGUCUGCAACCACCAAACGUGUCAAACAGUAAAUAACUUAUUUAAUCUUAUCAAGUCCUACAACGAAGUCACA